UGCCUGCCAGGGACUGUGGCAGCAGUAAGCAGUGGAGAGAGAGAGUGCUGUUUGAGAGCACCACCCACUACAGAAAUGGCGGAGGGGGAAUUGGACGUCGACUCGCUGAUCGCCCGAUUAUUAGAGGUGCGGGGAUGUCGCCCAGGGAAGAUUGUGCAGAUGUCAGAGGCUGAAGUGAGAGGCCUCUGCAUCAAGUCCAGAGAGAUCUUCCUCAGCCAGCCCAUCCUGUUGGAAUUGGAGGCUCCCCUCAAAAUCUGUGGUGACAUCCACGGCCAGUACACAGACCUGCUGCGGCUCUUUGAGUACGGCGGCUUCCCGCCCGAGGCCAACUACCUGUUCCUGGGAGACUACGUGGACCGAGGCAAGCAGUCCCUGGAGACCAUCUGUCUACUGCUGGCCUACAAGAUCAAAUACCCCGAGAACUUCUUCCUCCUCAGGGGCAACCACGAGUGUGCUUCCAUCAACCGCAUCUAUGGCUUCUAUGAUGAGUGUAAGCGCAGAUUCAACAUAAAGCUGUGGAAGACAUUUACUGACUGCUUCAACUGCCUUCCCAUCGCUGCCAUCGUAGAUGAGAAGAUCUUCUGCUGCCAUGGAGGCCUCUCUCCAGACCUGCAGUCUAUGGAGCAGAUCCGUCGUAUCAUGAGACCCACAGACGUCCCCGACACCGGGUUGCUGUGCGACUUGCUGUGGUCGGACCCAGACAAAGAUGUUCAGGGUUGGGGGGAGAACGACCGCGGGGUCUCGUUCACGUUUGGGGCUGAUGUGGUCAGCAAGUUCCUCAACCGUCACGAUCUGGACCUCAUCUGCAGAGCCCACCAGGUGGUGGAGGAUGGCUAUGAGUUCUUUGCCAAGCGGCAGCUGGUGACUCUGUUCUCAGCUCCUAACUACUGUGGAGAGUUUGACAACGCCGGCGGUAUGAUGAGUGUUGACGAGACCCUGAUGUGCUCCUUUCAGAUCCUGAAGCCGUCUGAGAAGAAGGCCAAGUACCAGUACGGAGGGAUGAACUCCGGCCGACCCGUCACCCCGCCCCGCACCGUGGUCCCACCAAAGAAACGGUGAACAAGGAAGAGAGAGCAGAAGGGAGGGAGAUGGAGGGAUGUCGUGGAUGAGUGAUGGUCCCUCAUCAGUUUUUCACAAUGGAGAAACACUUAGCAGAAAUAAAUCAAUAAACAUAGAUAAAACACAAAGCAAAGUUUUUGAUUUCAUGACCCCCUGCCCCCCACCUCCAUUGUGUCUUUUGUUGUCAUUUCCCCCUCUGAACUGUUCUGUGUCACGCACUGCUCCCCAUGUGUAACCAACCACACCCGUUUUAAAAAAAGUUUCGUUUAAAGGAAACGAUGACAACACAAGGUGGUCAUUCUGUUUGCAUAUUGGAGUGUUUUUCUUCAUACUUUAUUUCUUGCUUUUUGGCUUAUGACGGAAUGACAACUACUAGCCCCAGUUGACCAUUUCACCCCACCCCACCUGUCAAGUAAGAACAGGUGUUAAUGACAACUACUAGCCCCAGUUGACCAUUUCACCCCACCCCACCUGUCAAGUAAGAACAGGUGUUAAUGACAAUUACUGGGUUUUCAAUAAAUAAAAUGGGGGGGGGGGGCAUUUUUGGGUUGGUCAAGUGUCUUUUUCAUUGAAAUAUGUGCUUUCAAUGCAGUGAAAAAUAAAACACUUCAAAGUAUUGUAAAAGAAGACUAAAUCACACAGAAAUAUAAAAGUAAAUUGAAUGUCACCAUAUCAAAGCUAUUUCCAACAGCAGCAACUCAAAUUCCUCAACUCAAAAACUAUACAAAUGGUUCCCUUCGCUGUAGUAGCACAUAAUACAUUGUUGUCCAAUCAUACCGUACGAUCCUGACGAAUCAAAUCCCUGCUCGCAGCCAUAAUCCAACUGAUCAGAGUUCCAUAAAACUCUACAGUGUAACAAUUAUGUCCAACAAGACUCGUUCUUCUCAUAGCCAGGGUCUCAAAACCUUAUUGCAUGAAGUACUUUAACAAUAGCUGUCGUUUCACUAUCUAAAACGAAUGAUUCAAUCACUACUCUGCUUUUCUCUGGUCUCGCAUCGUAAAACGUUGUUACACAAAAGGUUAACUCUGGUCUUUCCUAUAUUUCACUCUUCUUGCUCAUGUUUUAUUACCCGGCAACAGUGGAUGUCACUCUGGAUGAUAGAGUCUCUAAAUAACCUCAAAUGUCACAUGUAAAUGAAGGAUGUCUUAUCUUAAACGAGAUCUAUAUGCAACAUUAUGAAUGUUUAAAGAAAUGCUCUGGUACUUUGGGGACUAGUCAGUAUUUUUUGUGUUGAUAACGAUCUGUGUUGAUAACAAUUUCAUGUUAAAUCAUUCAGACAUGGUCAUGACCUGAGUCCUGACUCCUUGGUCCUGAUUCUCGAACCUUUUCCAGAAAUGUGCACUUGCACACCCCUCGUCAUGGUUUUAACAGCGUAGGACUGGUGUAAUAUUUGGUUGGAGGGAGUUUACCGUUUCCACAGCCGUUAACAUCCAUGCGAGAAAGUUGUAAGUGAAUACUUCGGGGGAAGGGUGGAACAUCGGGAUGCAACCUUAGUAAUGCUCCAGAG